ACCUGUUUCAAAAACUCCUCUUACGUAUUUUCGAAAAGUGCAGCAAGAUGGAAUUUCAACUGGUAUGUCUGCUGGUACCAGGGAGGUUACUUAGUCUCCAUCGAAACUGAAGAAGAAUGGAAGUUUAUCAGUAAUGAGAUUAAAAAGCGUGGUACUGGGAAUACUAGUGCAUGGCAUAUUGGUUUAAGGAAGAGAGACGGGAAUUGGACUUGGGAGAGUGGACAACAUCUGAAUAUUUCGAAAUGGCGUGAUUCUGAGCCUGAGGGUAACGACAAUUGCGCGGAAAUAUCCGUGAAUGGAAGCCUCUUUAAUGGUAUCUCUUGGAAUGAUGAAAAUGCCUGCAUUUGCGAGAUGCCCGUAGGUAAGAUCACAUUCCAACCAUAAAGUAUAUUAUGUGCUGAAAUAUUAGAGUCUUGCACUUGUGUCGUGAAAAUUUCUCUUGAUUCUUAAAAGUAAAAAUAUUGUUCACAGAAUAUGCUCAGCUCACCUAACUUGUACGUGUAAGCGAUAAAUGAACUUUCAUGCGCCUAAUAGUGUUUGAACAUAAUACCCAUAAAAAUUUCCGGGACACAUGUUUCAAGAAGCAAUUUGAUCACUCUAGAACUGUCCUUUUUUGCAUCGCCUGCAGCUGGAAAAAGAGCGACCGAAAUUGUACAUUUCUCAUCUUUUGUCGAGCGUGCUACGGUUGAAAUAAUCUAGCCAACGGAAUUUUUCCGUGACACAAAUUAGAAGUGUUCACUGAGGUCAGUGAGUGUAUGCAUGCUGUUUUGAGCAUAACACAUCGAAGAAUUGUUAUUUUUUGUGUGUGCGUGUGUGGGUGUGUCUGUGUGUGUUUCUUUUACGAGUCAGUGAUAAAUAUGUUAUUCACAGCCGAGAGGUCCGUAUUGGGUAAUACUGUGCCCAGGGUCUUGAGAACCGGCACUUAGGACAGAGUGCACAGCUUUUCCCAAUACGGACCGACCUAGGCUGGUGAAUAACAGUUUUUUUUCUAUUAAACUCAACGAAAUGUUUUUAAAAACAACCCUAAUGAUUUAGGGUUAUAAUUAAGGCAAGAUCCUCCAUGAACUGAACAAAUUUUGAGCGAGUAAAUGGUUGUUGAAACAGACUGAGGUAAUGCAAAUUGAAGAGAGGCUUAACCGAAAUAUUUUUAGUGUAGGGAACAAGAUGAUUUAAUGAUUCCAAAGAAUUUUUUAAACAUUUUUUUUACAAGUAUCUGUCACAAUCUGACACCUGUCAAUUAGAGAUUGCGUAAGGCAAAAGCGCAUCCACGCGUUACAACGACAACAACAACAACAACAGCAACGGCGCUGAUUUGGCAAAUAAAAUUAAGUGGAAAGUAACUCUAAGCAAAUUAAAAUCUAUGUUUUGAAUUUGUCGGAGUUUACUCGUUUGUUUGGUGCAAUCACGUGUAUAACUCUGGUCUUUCAUCAAAAGGGGAAUUUUAAUGCAGCUUUUUAUUGUUGAAUUCCUUCGUUCUCUGUUGUGAAAUUUACGGUACCAAUGUCCAACUUAAACAGACUUGCAAAGACUUACUAAAAGCGUAUUUGAAGUGUAGAAGACUUCGCUCACUGUUCUUCAAGGAAUGAAUUGUUUGAGAGAAUUCAGAUCUACAAUUAAUGAAAUUUCCAUUAAUAAAUUUAAUUGUAAGCAAAUACCUCACGUUUCAACUUUCUGAGUUACUUCUAGGGGAAGGUGUCAGCUCAGCGAGGAACUAAUUUAUUAUUCAAAACCUCAACUACCAAAAUUACAUGAAUUCAUAGAUAAUCUUAGCUGAUGUGAAGUUAUCUAAUUCAGAAAAGCAGGUCAGAGAUUGCAGACGCCGGAGCGAAGAAAGAUGUAUUGUAUUAAUUUACACUAAAAAAAAAAACAAUGUUAGAAAAAAGGAAUCAUUUAAAGAAUAAGUCACGUUUUUUAUCUCAUUCAUUUUUCUCCUUUAUUGUGAUUGUGAUCAUAAUCUUAUUAUGUUAUCAUCAUUAUUAUAAUUAUCUUUUUUUAUCGUCAUCGUAAUAAUUAGUAUCUUUGUCUUCAUCUUUAUCAUGUUGUAGAAUGCCCAAAUAUAACUUUUAAAAACUCUCGGUACAUUAUUUCGGUGGAUGGAUGGUACUGGCACCUGAACAGAGAUAUCUGCCAGAGUCAAGGAGGGGACCUAGUUUCCAUUGAAACCGAAGAAGAAUGGAAUUUCAUCAAUAACGAGAUUCAAAGGCGGAAUACUUCCAGCUGUAAAAAUAAAUGGAGUAUUGGUUUAAUGAAAGAGGACGGUAAUUGGGCCUGGGUGAAUGGGAGACCGCUGACUGUUUCCAAAUGGGGAGGAGGGGAGCCAAGUGGUGAACACGACGUUGGUUUCAUGUACAAGCGGUUCAGUAAUGACAAACGGGGCUUGUUUGGUAGUGUUAAUAGGGAAAUUUGGACAAACCAGCACGCAUAUAUUUGUGAGAUU